AUACAACUCUAGAGCUCGUUGGAACUCCACCAAAGAUGAAACUCAGUUUCUUCAUUCUUGGUGUGACUGCUCUAGCAUGCCUGCAGUUUUCUUUGUCAAAGAGUGCGGUCUGCAAUGGUAGAAGCAAAUGCUCGUCGUGUCAAUGCCCUGCUGUAGAAAAAUGCGGAAAUCAAAUCUUUUCUGAGGACGAGCCAUGUCGAUUUUCUGACCAGCAGGUGUCUUCAUGCAUGAACUGCAAGUGGGUGUUAUCUGUUGUUGGCAACAAGCGAGUCAGGCUUACGUUCUCACAAUUUUUUCUUGGAUCUGGAGACAAAGUCCAUAUUUAUAAUGGUAAUUCGAAGAAGUCUCCACUCAUUGUUAGCUAUAGAGAAGGCGACAGUCCAACAGAUGUUGUGUCAUCCGGGAGUUCGAUGACGGUAAAUGUUAUUACAGAUCGUUGUGGGCAGAAUCCUUUGAUAAACGCAUCUUUUAAAGCUAUUGAUUGUGGAAAUCUGUUUUAUAUGAAACCAGGAAGAGGAAAAUCAGAGCAGAUUCAGUCUCCUAACUUUCCACAAAAGUAUCCAAACAAAUUAAACUGCAUAUGGAUGUUUAUCAGCAGUAGCCAUUCACUACUAUCAGCACGUGUCAACAUUGAGGUUGUCGGUACGGCAGGAUCACGAGACAAACUGAUCAUUCAGAAAUCUCUGGAAGUGUCUAGAUCGGACAGUCAAGUACAUGAGUACUAUGGAAAAACUAAAAGAAGAAAGGCAUUAACAUUUAGAAACACACCUGGAUUUACAAUCAAAUUUGUUUCUGAUCGAGGAAACCGAGGGAAAGGAUUUUUACUGAAUGUUGUUGCUCUUGCACAAGUUUUGUGCAGGUUUUCAUUGUCCUAUCCCAAAAAGUUUUAA